ACAUUUUUUCCUGGUCCCUUCAGAAGAGGGUGAUGAGGGUCGGGGUGGGAGUGGUCUCACGGUGGCUCUGAAAAACUCACUCACUCCAGCAUCAGAGUUGAGUUGAGUGUAUGUGACCUUUCCAGAUCAGACCGCAAGACCUUUCAGCAGCAAGAUUGCUGUCACUAAAGAUGGAGGGUAAGAAGGGAACAUUAGAGGCAGGUACCAAAGAGCAAGCUGAUAUGGCGGGUCCACUGACAGUCGAACAGCUGGCAGCUAUAGAGGAUGAAGAGAUCCUCAAUAAUAUGCUAGAUAAGGCUGUGGAUUUCGAGGAGAGGAAAAUGAUCCGGGCUGCCAUGAGAGAACUGCUCAAGAGAAAGAGGGAACGGCGUGAUAGGGAGCGGGCGGCCCGAAUGGAGAACCUGCGUCAGCAGGGUGGUGGAGGCAAGACAGCUGCUGGACUGAAUAAGGACCAGAAACCCAUUAAUGGCCCGAGCGGAGCUCAGUACAACGCACACAGGACGGCUCAGGCAAAAACAUCUUCAACACCAACCUCUACUUUCUCUCCAAAAGCUGUGAGCAGCCCUGCUCAAUCCCAUGUGGCCAGGGUUAAAGUGCCGGGCAGCUCGGCAGUUGGGGGCCCAAACACCAAAGAUGUCAAACAGAUGCUGCUGGACUGGUGUCGUGUCAAGACUGAACCAUAUGAGGGUGUGAACAUCCAAAAUUUCUCCUCUAGCUGGGCAGACGGUCUGGCGUUUUGUGCCCUGGUGCACAGGUUCUUCCCUGAGGGCUUUGAAUAUUGCACUCUCGACCCUUAUGAUCGCAGGGCCAACUUUGAGAAGGCAUUCAAGACCGCAGAGAGACUAGCUGACUGUCCUCCCCUGCUGGACGUUGACGACUUGAUGCGGAUGCGAGAACCUGACUGGAAGUGUGUGUACACGUAUAUCCAGGAGUUCUACCGCUGCCUAGUAGAGAAAGGCCUUGUCAAGACUAAAAAGAAGAUGCCAUAGAAACAUUUUGAGUGUUUUCACUAUAAAUGACCAAAGCCACAACAGGCACACAACAUAGAGCACAUGUGACCUGACCUGCAGCUUUUACCUAAGAUCAGAUAGUCUAUUAUGUACUCAUGCUCUUCUCUGUUUCAUAAACACACAUGCAGUGGAUGAGGAUUAUAACCUGUGUGUUUACCACUAGGGUACAGCUGGGGCUCUGAAACAGUGCAUUCCUGUGAGAUUACACAAGCAUUAAUCUCAGCCUAUGCUCAGAGAUUGUGUGAAAGUGUGUGUGUGUGUGUGUGUAUGCAGAAGGCUUUUUAUGGUACUGCUACUCCCUGUUUUGAAUGCACUCCAGCACAGAGACAUCAGGCUUAUAAGGGCAUGAGAUCUAAUGCAGAAUUAUACUUAACUCAGAUUUAUUGUUUGUUUAAAAAUAUAGACGGGGCACUUUUACUAUUAUAUAAAAGAGUUCAGAAAGGACAACAAAGUUUUGAAGCCUCAAAAAUGUCGUCUCCUUCAGAAUAGAAAUGUCACCUGUUUUUACUUAUAGGGUGAAAUAUGACAUUUUAAAUAGUUUUUAGUUACUCUCAUCUUGUUCAGGAUCAGAAGUCCAUUGUACUGAGCACUUGCUUGGUACUGAAAAAUGACCCUAGAACUGCACUAAGAGAGAAUAGGUCCAAUAGAAACUCAGGGAUAGACAGGCACUCGAGGCCUGUAGGACGCCUGUAAGUCUUGUUUCAGAAGGCCAAUGGUAAUUUUCAAGUGCUUUUAAAAUGUUCUUAACACUUUAUUUGCUGCAUGGCUAAUGACUUAAGUGCACAAUAAAAAUGUGACAUUAAAAUUCAAUAAAAAUUAUGCAAGUAUUAUUUUUUUAGUGCUUUAAGUACAGUUGCUGUAUCUGUAUCACUGUUCUGGUUUGAUUAAAUUAUGGGUGUUAUUUUCCUCCCACAGUGCCUCACCAACUGUUUGCCAAAUAUUAUUAAAUGUGAUAUUCUUC